AUGUCAAGAGCCUCAAAGAUAACGUUCGCAUUAUCAACUCUAUUCACUGUUGCUUCAGUUGUGAUGGUAUAUGAUCUACAAGAAUCCGAAAGAGAAGCAAUUGCAAUGGGCCCCGUAAAGGAUGCUAAAAGAGUAAAGGAAAAAGAGGAAGACAGGCUAAAGGAACAACUAGCCAAAGAAAGAAAAAAGGAACUUAAUCGACUCGAACAUUUGGAGCAGAUAGAAUUAAAGAAAAAAUAUGAAUCAAUGCAGCCUCUAUCUAACGUCACACUAACUGCUGAAGACGAAUAA